AUGAAGCUGGUCAGAUUUUUGAUGAAAUGCGCCAACGAGACGGUGACGAUUGAGUUGAAGAACGGCACAAUUGUACACGGCACUAUCGCCUCGGUCACACCCCGCAUGGACACUGCGCUUCGCAACGUCAAGAUGACCCCCAAGGGCCAGGACGCUGUGGCUUUGGAUGCCAUGAACAUCAGGGGCUCGACGAUCCGUUACUUCAUCCUCCCCGAUUCCCUGCCGCUCGAUACAUUGCUAGUCGACGACUCCGUGAAGCCCAAGAACAAGGCGAGAAAGGAAGCGGACCGCAGCGCCGCCGGCAGAGGUGGCCGUGGUGGCCGUGGCAGAGGAAGGGGAAUGGGUCGCGGUCGCGGCCGUGGCCGUGGCUAA